UUGUAAAUAAAUGAUAUAUUAAUACAGGAUUUGAUAAGAAAUAGUAAAUUAUUUAUUAAAUAACUGUUUAAAUAGUGAUUCAAUUUAUAGAUUUAGUUAUAAUUUUGGUACAAAUAUUGUGAUUAUUUGUAAAUAUUUGGUUAAAUUGAUUGUCUUUUUUGAUAUAAAAUGAAUUAUCAAUUAUACAGAAACACUACUUUAGGUCACACAUUGCAGGAGACACUCGACGACUUCAUUCAGUCUGGUCAAAUUAGUCCACAACUGGCUAUUAAAGUGAUGCUUCAAUUUGACAGAUCUAUCAAUCAAUCGCUGGCUAAUAGAGUUAAGACAAGACUUACUUUUAAGGCCGGACACCUCAAGACGUAUCGGUUUUGUGAUAAUGUUUGGACAUUUGUACUCAAAGACGUCGAGUUUCGCGAAGUGCAAGAGUUGGUCAAAGUGGACAAAGUGAAGAUCGUUGCCUGUGAUGGCAAAGGAUCACAGGCUAAGGAUGAAAGGGAUUAAUACAUCUAUGGAUUCAUUGUCACAACAACUCUCCAUUCACUACAUUAUAUAAUGAUAUCAUUAAAUGUUUUUAUUAAUUGUCCGAUCAUUUGAUGAUUAAUGUAUCGUUUUUAAUAUUAAUACAUAUAAAUGGUUUAUGUCUUGAAUUUAAUUGAAUGAGUUAUUUGAUAUAUUUAAAUGAAAUGAUAUAUUAGUGUAAUUUUUUUUCAGUAAAUAUGGUCUGUAAUUAUACAAUAAUUA